AUGAAUCCAACGACCCCCCAGGCUAUCAUGUUUUCCACUAUCACUCACAUGACAACUCCUAACCCUCAUCGUGAUGCGGUGUCCUGCGCAUCUGAUCAAUGGCUUAUUGACGUAGCACGACUCGUAGAGUCCGAGAUCGGAGAGUAUAUUGAUAUAGAAGCAGGCGUAUUCGCUGCCGUUUGCUAUCCUGAUGCAGAUGCCUUCCAUCUCCAAGUCUGCUCUGACUUCCUUACCUGGUUGUUCAUUAUAGACGACUGGAUGGAGUAUAAUGUCGUCGAUGUACGGGGAGCGCGUGAAUCCUGUAUUCUGGCACUCCACGAUCCCAUCAAUUUUGACACGGAACAGCUUGGUGCAAAGAUGUGCAAAUCGUUUUUCAGUCGCUUUAGGGAGACUGCCGGCCCCGGCUGCACAAAGCGGUUUAUUCACAGAUGCGAACUGUCCUUCGCUGCUGUGGCUAAGCAGGUGGAUGACCGUGCUAAAGGACAUAUGUAUGAUCUGGCAUCUUAUAUCGCCCUGAGGCGAGAUAUAAGCGCGGUGAAGAUCGCCUUUGCCGUCAUCGAAUAUGUAGCUCGAAUUGAUCUUCCCGACGAAGUUAUGUCGCAUCCAAUUAUCAUGGCCUUGGAGGAUGCAGCCAACGAUUAUAUUUCUUGGUCCAACGAUAUCUUAUCAUACAACAAGGAGCAAUCUCACGGUGACGCACAUUGGCAUAACAUGGUUGCUGUGCUCAUGGACGAUCGAGGACUAGACCUGCAAGGUGCCAUCGACUAUACUGCCCAGAUGUGCAAAGAUGCCAUCCAGCGCUUCGAAUCCAACCGUGCCAUCCUCCCUUCAUGGGAAGAAGAGGUUGACAGGCAGGUGGCUAUCUACGUCGAAGGGAUGCAGAACUGGAUGGUUGGCUCACUCCACUGGCACUUGGAUUCCGUCCGCUUUUCUGGCACGGAUGGAUAUGCUGUCAAGCAGGACCGAAUCGUCAAGCUGCUUCCUAAAAGGCCCUUGUAA